AUGGCCCAACGCAACCGCAAGCUCCGCCUCCUCGUCGCCGCCACCGGACCCCGCGAUACCUCCUGGGCGCAGGCCCUGGUGGUCCGACUCUCCAAGAACCCGCAGAUCGAGGCCCGCGCGAUCGUUGACGAUGUGGUGCCGCGACUGACGCAGACGAUCAUUGUGAUGCAGAAUCGGAGCCUGGCAUUGGGCAUGGGCGAUCGGGCGGACGAUGUCGAAUUUUACCGACAACAAGCCUUUGAGCUGGUGGAAUGGGCAGAUCUGAUGGUUUGUGUACCGCUGGAUGCGGACAGCAUUGCCAAAAUGCUGGCCGGAGUGACAGAUACCCUCCUUGGAGAAGUGCUGCGGGGAUGGGACACACAGAAGAGCAUUGUGAUGGUACCCGGCAUGAGUACCCACAUGUGGUCGAAUCCAAUGACGAAGAAGCACCUGAGCAAGUUGCACAGGAAAUGGAGCUGGAUCCGUGUGGUGGCGCCGAUCCUAUGGCAUUAUGAGGGGACCACCAAUCCGAAGAGAGUUCCCAAUUGGAAUGGCUUCAACGAGGUGCUGGGAAUUAUCAGAAACCAAGCAGACCUGCUGGGAUUGGGGCGCGACGUCGAGAUAGCCACGGGUAUGGCAAUGGUUGCUGAUGGUGACAUCAAGGUCCAGGCCAAGCUGCCGCCUGAGAUUUGGACCAUCAUCCUCGACUAUGCGGGAGAUUGGGAGAUUGCCAAGGCUCUAGGGAUGUAUACCAACCUACAGAUGCCUGCGCAAUGGUCCUUCCAGCCGAAGGAUCCAUCGGACGCCCUCAAAGUUUACGAGCACGAGCUGGAGUGGAGCGUCCUCACAUGCAACUCGGCUGCAAUAUGCAAGAAGUUAUCGCAGUCUCCACCCAAUUUUCACGACAUAUCGGCGCUUGUGGUCAAGCUGGUCAUAAAAUUUGGCCUUAUCGACGUUUUGAAGUAUAUGGAAGCCAACCGACCGGAUCUCUUCAAGGCGUUUGAUGGGACAACGCUGCCGACUAAGGCAUCAGCCUACUUCCCCCGGACCGACGUACUGGAUUAUUGGAAGCAGAGCAGGUGGUUCAGAGACCGGCACAUGUACGACGCCGAAGCUGUCGAUGGCGCAUCAAAGAACGGUCAUGUCCGUGUACUGGAUUGGUGGUGGAGGCUGUCAGGACUGUCGCUGCGAUACACCGAAACGGCGCUGGAGCAGGCUAGUGGAAAUGGCCACCUCUUGGUAUUGGAGUGGUGGCGCGACGCAGCUGCACAAGACGAUCAAGUCGUCCUGCGGCCGGGCCGGUCGUUGCUUUGGGCAACUCAAUACGGACAGGCUGAUGUGCUACGCUGGUGGGACGCAUCGGGAAUCCCCGUUGCGCAUGGGGAUAGUGUAGCCAAGAUGGCUAGCCGUUGGGGACUCGUUGAAGUUCUGGAGACGUGGAGACAACUCAAAGGCGACGACAAGCUGGUGUUUGACGCUGAGGUGCUGGUGCCGCCGACUAUCUAUCAGCACGUGGCAGUGUUGGAGUGGUGGCGCAAGUUUGCCUAUGGAGAACUGGAAGGCAUGGAGGGCCGCAAGCAGAUGGUGGAGUUCCGAACAUGCAACAUUGAAGAGGCGCUGGAAGACAGCAUCGGGGACCAGAGCGCGGUUCGGCGAUGGUGGGCGCAGAACGGACUCAACCUUGGCCUCCGAAAUGAGGAAUGGCUUAAGACGAGAUAUCUCUAG